CAAACAACGGAAACUCCAAAGUCAUAUGAUCGAUUUGUGAUUCUCUUCAGAAUACAGUUCUCUUCCUUCGUUGCAAAGAUGGCCAGCCAGACGCAAGGUAUUCAGCAACUUCUGACAGCCGAGAAAAGAGCUGCGGAGAAAGUUUCCGAAGCCAGAAAACGUAAGGCACGUAGAUUGAAGCAGGCCAAAGAAGAAGCUCAAGAUGAAAUUGAAAAAUACAGACAAGAACGAGAAAGACAAUUUCGUGAAUUUGAAGCCAAGCACAUGGGCUCAAAGGAGGAUGUUGCUGCACGUAUAGAGGCUGACACAAAAGUAAAAAUUCAAGAAAUGAAUCAGGCCGUGUCAGUGCACAAAGAGACCGUUAUGCUUAAAAUCUUGGACUUGGUGUACAAUAUUAAACCUGAGUUGCACAAGAAUUACCGCAUCGAAAUGUAAAUCUCAAGAAAUACGUCAACUAUAAAUAUUGCAUCAUAUGCUAUAAAUGUACAUUAAGUACUUUCCUUUACCAUAUCUUAAAACGUAUCUAUAACUGUUAUGUUGUACUUUUAUCAGAGGAAACCUAUACCUUUCGAUCUUAGAUGGUGGUACUCGAAUUACUAGAAUUUUUCCCGCAGUUGCUACACGACAAUAAAUGUAAUCGUAACUAUGCUGAGCUUUUACCGCAGUAUUGGAAAGUUUAAGGAUUGUUGUAGUUGCAUCACGAUAGUAGUGUAAAUGUAUUAAACAUGUUGCUGUCAUAAUGAUAUAUCAAGGCCUAGAUAUAUUAGGAUGACGCUUAUAUAUUAAAAUUUAAGGUGGUGGAAAAAAUAUGGUACAUCGUUAAAUCUAUGUUGCUAGAUGUCAUUCCAUAGUUCUGCUACAUCGAGGACAUAAGAUGUGAUUACAAAAUCCCGUACAACCUUUCGAGAAUCACGCAGACAAGCUCCCAGUCGAAUGUGGUUCUCGCGACGAUGUACAAAUGCACCACUUGUUUUUGUUUGAAAGUUUUAAGCUUUGUUAAGUUGUACGAAAUAAUAGUUAUUUCUCAUGUGUAUACCCUGUCUCUGUGAGCUGGUUAAUCUGUACAGGAUUAAUGUUCGAAAAUAAAAACAGUGAAAAUCUA